ACUUGGGGAUGAUAAGUACCCUUGGUGUGAUUGACCUCCAAGAUUAAGUUCUGACAUUUCUAGGAGGUAUGCACGUAUUCCUACAGCUUCUCCUUGUCGACAUCGUCUCUUUCUCCAUAGGCCUCAUUUGCACCACCAUCGCUGCCUUUACAAAAUCACCAUAACUUGGGUAACCGGAUCCUCUGCCCUAGUUGUGGUUGCUAGCAGCAGAGGAGGGGAGAAGUAGAGGAGUAAGAGAGAAGUAGAAGAGGAGAUGGCGAUGACAGAAUCGACUCCUAGAUGAGAAAGUUUGCUAGGUUCUUCAGGCAGAGUACUCCGGCAACGAAUCCAAGGAGAAGGCAAAGGGGAUUUUGACAUGGUCCACUUCUCGCUUGCUUCCAUCCGAUUUCGAGAGGAUGAAAAAUAGAGAUCAAAACAAAUAGAUUUGAAAUACAUCUAUCCUUUAUUUUAUUUUACAUGUAAACAAUGGAAAGUAUCUCGUUUUUUAUGUUAUCUGCCUUUUUCUCAUAUGCACUUAGGAGUAAACACAGCAUUAAUAUAUUUCUUAGCCCUUCUAAACUUGUUAUAGUCAAUGAAGGAUUUCUUUACUAGGAAUCAGAAGAUGUCCUCGUGAAGGCCCUAGGAGAAGGUGUUAAUUAAUACCUUCGAUGUAGUGGCUAAGACCUCCAAGGCUUGCCUAGUGAAAUGCUAAAUGUAUGAUUUAGGUUGAAAAGAUGAGUGGUGACUUAUGGUAUCUUUUGUCGCUAGGAAAGUGAUGUAGAAAGGUCAAGCUAAAGUCUUCAAUGGAAUGUAAGGUCUCCGGCUUUAAACUAUUGAACCAUUAUUAAUGGCCUAGUAUAGAAUGCUAUCAGGAUGAAUUUUCAUAUGUACUUCUCUUAUUUAUUUAAAUGGUCGAUGAAAAAUUUCCGUGAGAUUAAAUCUGUCAUCGUAGAUUCAACAUUACCUAACCUGAUUAAUCAUUAAUGAGCCAAUCUACUACGGGUGAUGAGAAACUUGACACUUCACCCUUACCUAGACAUUAGUCCCUUCUUGUAUUUACCAUCUCAAUGUCUCAACUCACUACUCCCAUAGACAAUAUAGACGAUGCUAAAAUGAUGCGUCUAGAAACUAUUGCUGAGAUAAACAACUGAAUUAGACAAUGACACUUCAAGGUUGGAUGAUAUGGAGGCCAAGAGAUGGAGGUUGUGGGAUGCUAGCAAGGAGAUACCUACCUACACUCACUAGAGAAAAUGUUAGAGAUCAUCAGAGAAGUGAUCCUCCGAUGAUUAAGAAAAAAAUCAAAAAGAGAAAGGAGAAAAAUGCAAUAGUAGUAGGGUUUUAGAUUACCUCUUGAAGAUAUCAAUACUUGCUAUUUACAGGUGAUGAGGUGAGACGGCGUUUUCCAUGGAUAUCAGCAGUCUUCCUAGGAAAUAUUAUCAUGAUUUCAAAGCCCUCAUGAAUGCAACGUAUUUUAAUAAGGGAUCCAAAAGCAAACCUUUAAUAUGGAAGAAGUGUAUAUAUAUAUUUUUUGGUGGGUACAUCUUGCUAACUAGUGCUAGAUUUAAAACAUAUGUGAUGUUAUUAUUUUAGAAAAAUUAUGAAGAUUGUGCUGGAUUUGUCUAUUUACAAAAACUGAAAGUGAAUUCCUAAAAAUUGAAUGUUAUACAAAUCUAAUAAAGUCAGUUUAAAACUAACUUUAAUACUAGAAAAUUUUUCACUAAAAAACAUUUAAAAUUAAGAGUGAAAAACGAGAUCACAAAAGAAAGAUUGGAGAGUGAUUAUUUUCCCGGGAAAUUAGACUGCGAAGCUUCCUGCCUUGUCCUCUAUGCCUACUCCACGGAUCCAGUUCCUUCCUUCCCGCGCAGCCGCGCUCCUUCCUUUAUUCUCUUCUUCUUCUUCUUUUCCUCCUUUGUAUAAAUCUCUUCCCGUAACAGCAGGCAAAAUCAAAACUUUCAGCUCUCCUCAGGAAGACACAAUGGUGGACGCAGAGUACCUCCAGGAGAUCGAGAAGGCGCGAAGGGACCUCCGUGCUCUCAUCUCAAACAAGAACUGCGCUCCCAUCAUUCUCCGUCUCGCGUAACUUUGCAGUGUUUUCAAUGUUUCGCAGAUGGCAUGAUGCUGGCACAUACGAUGCCAAAACAAAAUCAGGCGGCCCUAAUGGCUCGAUAAGGUUGGAGGAGGAGUAUUCUCAUCGAGCAAAUGCUGGACUCAAGAUAGCAAUUGAUCUUUUAGAACCAGUAAAGGAGAAACAUCCAAACGUUUCAUAUGCAGACCUCUACCAGCUUGCAGGAGUAGUUGCGGUGGAGGUAACCGGCGGACCAACUAUUCAGUUUAAGCCAGGGAGAAAAGAUUCAUCUGUUUGUCCUGAGGAAGGACGUCUUCCAGAUGCCAAUCAAGGUGUUUCGCAUUUGCGGGAAGUCUUUUACCGAAUGGGUUUGACAGACAAGGAUAUUGUCGCACUGUCUGGUGGCCACACCCUGGGAAGAGGGCAUCAAGAGAGAUCAGGACAUGAAGGCCCAUGGACAAAGGAUCCUCUCAAGUUUGAUAACUCCUACUAUGUAGAAUUGCUGGAAGGGGAAACAGAGGGACUCUUGAAACUUCAUACUGAUCUUGCUCUGUUAGAAGAUCCUGUUUUCAGAGGCUAUGUUGAGUUUUAUGCAGAGGACGAGGAUGCUUUCUUCAAAGAUUAUGCAGAAUCACAUAAGAAACUUUCAGAGCUGGGCUUUACUACCAGAGGAAGGACAAGCUGUAUAAUACUGCAAGGUGCAGUCGGUAUUGCGCUAGCAGCUCUAUUCCUCAUUCCAGUACAUAUUUAUGAUCUUAAUGCGAAAAUGAAGGAUUUCUUUUGCUGAUUGGUUAUGCAAUUCGGUAUGUAAUCUAUUAAAUGUGUGCUCGAUGGAAUGUAAAUCGUAUUAUGAAUCCCAAUAAAAUUCGAAUUUGAUGUCC